AUGGGGUUGAACAAAGGGUUAUGGACUCCAGAGGAAGAUCUCCUUCUCAUCAAUCAUAUCAACACACAUGGUCAUAAAAACUGGCGUGCCCUACCCAGAGAAGCUGGGCUUUUGAGGUGUGGAAAGAGUUGCAGACUCCGAUGGAUAAAUUAUCUGAGGCCAGAUAUUAAACGGGGCAAUUUUUCAAGAGAAGAAGAAGACAUGAUAAUCAAGUUGCAUGAAACUCUGGGGAACAGAUGGUCAGCCAUAGCAGCAAAGUUACCAGGUCGCACAGACAACGAAAUAAAGAACGUGUGGCAUACCCACUUGAAGAAGAGACUCUUCCAACAACACAAAGACACAGAACCAAACCAUUCCUUCUUUUGCACACAAAUAUCCAAACAACAACCCGUGAAUACUACUCCCACAAAUCAAGUCAUCGAAACCACAGAGGAAGAAAAGCCAUUGGCUUCUCCAAACUAUGCAAGCAGUGAUGUGUCAAUCCUCACCACUUCCACCACCAGUCACAGUGAUGACCAUAACAGAGAACCGGCUGAAUCGUUGGAUGAUGAUUUCUGGUCUCAAGUUCUCUCACCUGGUAACUCCGGUGCCACCACCAGUCUUCCGGCCACCGGCGCCACUCACCGGGACUUCCAGUGUUCACUCACCGGGACUUCCAAAGGGGUGCAUUCGUCAAGUGCGUACGAUAAUGUCAACUUUUGGUACGAUGUUUACAUGGGAGAACAGGAAUUACCAGAGUUUUGA